GUUAUGACGUCACAAUAAAUACUAUAACAACAGAAACUUUAGAACUGCAACGCAGUUUAUUCGUAAACUGAAUAUUAUAUUAUGGAUAAAUUUUCAGACGGAUUGCCGCUACUAAAUGAAAAUACAUCAUCUGCAAGUGUGGACGUUCACAGAUGUGACACUAAUGAUACAGAUCCAGAUGAUUUGCUUUUUCGGUCUCCAUUAACUGGACGGGAGACCGGACUGGAGACGGGACCGGAGACGCCCACAUUCCCUCCGACUGUUGCCCAUGCUCUGCCUAUACAAGGUUCAGACAGUUUCGGUCGUGAAAGCAGUACAGACCUAGCGCGCGGCAAACGGAAAGUUGAUGCAUGCGAAAACAAUGAAAACAUGCGCACUAGACAAAAAGCAUGUCGUUGUGCGAAUACUCUAUAUUCUCGUGGAGAGAAAUGUAAAUUACCUUCUGAUCAUUCAGAACAACCGAGAAAACGAUUUAAAGCGACGCCACCGGAAGUUGAAAUUGAGCAACCUAAAACUGAAAAUACGGCUUCGCUUUACAACAGCAUCUUCGGUGAAGGAAGCAAUAACAUUCCCAAUCUGGAUACUUCUGGUUUUGGAGAGUCUGGAAUCAUUUCCCAUUUACAACUUAUAGAAGAGGAGUCACGUGACGAACAAAGCGAUCAAUCUGUCGAGGGGAAUUCGUGUCCCAGAUCGUGCGUUUGUAAAGUCGGUCACAGUGUGCUGCCCAAUCUAAUUGAACGCGAAUUUCCAACAGCGGCACCGUUGUACAGGAGCUUGCUAAUGUGCCGUUUAUACAGCUUAUCUAAUACGCAAUACUCGUGCUGCAAGUCCCGAUGUGUGAGAAGGUACCCACGAGAAAGCGUCGUGCGCCUUAGUUUGCGUCAUAUGAUCGAGGACUAUUAUGAGUCGGAUUUAGGUGUCACCAGAUAUUCAUGGGGCGAAUGGAAGGGAUGAGUGUUUUACGAGGAGGAGAAGCGAAAUGUUUUAAGUCAACACUUGAUGUUUAUGAUAUCUCCAGGAUGAUUAAUUUUUAAGAAAAAUAGCAAAAGAAAGCGCCGAAUUUUAAAUCACUUUUAAAAACGUUCAUGUGCUUUUUUACAUGAAAAGGCUAUUCUGACUCCAAAUGACACGACUUCCCUGUGACAUAAUUGUUUGCACAAUCAGUAAAAUGUGACAAGACAUUUUUUAAAUAAAAAAAAUAUCAAUUUGAAGUUAUUCAUUUCAUUCAUAAAUUAAUGGUGGUUUAAAAAAUAGCAAUGCCAGAGACUGGGCAGAACAGUUAGUAGUAUUUCCGAAACUAAGGCAUUGACAACAGCGAUGAUAUUUGUUUUCUUCACAGAACGAUUGGGGCCCGUUUGUGAGACACUUGUUUACACUAAUUUUUUAGCAACCAAAACACUUCCUUAAGUAGCUGCCGAUGAUCAAUCGAGUUACAAGACAUUUUCUUUCAUUCGUAUUAAGAAUCACUUACAUAUAUAGCUUAGGAUGUCUUUUUAAAGCCUAGUUUUGCUUUCAUGACUAAACAGAAAUAUAAGACAAAAGUGCAUGUUCCUUGAUUCUGUUGAAUUUAAUGAGUUGCCAAAGUAAUUGACUAGUCGGUCGUACAGAUACUGUAAUUUCUUUGUUAUAAAUAGGUUCAAUGACCUCUUUUGUUCAUGCUGGAUAUGACAUAGAAAAAGACAAA